AGCCUGAUCCGCCCGUCGCCGAGUCGCUGCGCCUGCCAGUCCGGAAGCCACAGGAGGAGGAAUUUAAGGACGAAUACUGGCCAUUGUCCUUCUCAGACCUCCAAGCUGCGCCAUGCUUGCUCUCCGAAGCGGCCUGGCUAGGGCCUUGUCCCCGCGGACGCUGGCGCCUCAGGUGAAUUGGAGGUUAUUGCUGCUGAAAAUGAACCCUAACUUGAAGAUGAGCGAACAUGAAGCACUCAUGAUUCCACCCCAGCAUAGUUCUAGUUUCUGGCUUGCAAUAAAAAUUGCCUCUCUCCAUACACAUAACAAUUACCUCACUGCUGUUUAACCUCUCCUGGUUACUGUUUCUUACUCUUGUGAAAGAUAACAAAAUUAUGUGCCUUAACCACAUUUUUGUUUGCAAAUACAAAUUCCCUGAUAAUCAACUAAAAAAGCAGUUACAGUUAACCCACUGGCCCAUUUCCUGGUAUAUUUUAUAAUAUUUCUUAAACCAUAAUACCAGGCCAUUGUUUAUUAAGAUUUGAUUAAAAUGACACAAAAAAGCAUGUCCAUGAAAAGUAGGAGUACCUCUAGUUGUUUUAGGUGGGAAUAUCUGCUUUCCUUUUAAGCUUAGAUACUUGGGCAACAGGAGCGUAACUCAAAGGGGCUCAUUAGUGGAAUGACUCAAGUAGAUAAUUAUAAGUUUGACAUACACAGUAAAAUAUAUAGGCAGUUGUGUGUUAAAACCAAAAACAUGUCAGAGAAAGGAGCCUACUGGUUUCAUUUAUGUAUAGCUUUGACUGUACUGAAACUUGGAAUAGAUAAUUCUGAUUGAUUAAUAUGCUUAUAUUGGUACAUGACAACCAAACCUACCAUAAAAUGGGACUAAUAAACACAAAUGCCAUAACACUGUGUGUGUGUACUUGUGAAUAUAUGUAUUUACACAGAUUCACAUAGUGGAUAAUUUCUGGCAAGGCAUUUCUUUAAGUUCACUAAAACUCUAGAGAUUAAACAGAACAAAAAUUUACAUAGUGAACAUAUAUCUAAUACAAAAAGAACUAAUAGUUCUUAAGGGAUAUUUCCAUCAACCUGGUAUACAUGGAGAGAUUAAACACCGACUCCACAUUGCUUCUGUAAUUAAACCUAAUGAUGAUGCAGACAGUUCUUACCCAUUGAUGUAUCCUUUAGAGCAUUCAUACAGUCUACCACCAUGUUACUAGAUUAUGAUUCUUUUAUUAUUAGUUACGUUCCAGCCCUAUUUUGUAUAAAACCAGUGAUCUAUUUCAUUGAAUUUGGAAAAUACUUUGACCUGAAUAGCGAUUUCUGUUUUUAAAAAAGGUUUUUUUAUGGUAAAUACAUUUCCAUUAUUCCUGCCAAAACACCUGUAUUUUUUACAGCAUUCACUUAAAUGCAUAACUUUAACACAUGGAGUGUUGACUAAAAAUGGAAUAUGGGCUAAAUAAGGUAUGUUCAUCUUUUGCUACAGGCCCCAGACAAUAUGAUAGAACAUUCUAUGAGUUUCGUACUUAUUGCCUUAAACCUUCAAAGAUGAAUGAGUUUCUGGAAGAGGUAAAGAAAAACAUACAUCUUCGGACAGCUCACUCUGAGUUGAUUGGAUUCUGGACUGUAGAAUUUGGAGGCAGAAUGAAUAAAGUGUUUCACAUUUGGAAGUAUGACAAUUUUGCUCAUAGAUCUCAGGUUCGGGGGGAAGCUGUGGCCAAAGAUAAGGAAUGGCAAGAAAAAUUUCUCAUCCCAAAUCUGGCUCAUAUUUAUAAACAAGAGAUUGAAAUUACUUAUCUGGUGCCAUGGUGCAAAUUAGAAAAACCUCCUAAAGAAGGAGUCUAUGAGUUGGUUAUUUUUCAGAUGAAACCAGGAGGGCCAGCCCUGUGGGGUGAUGCAUUUAAAAGGGCAGUUAAUGCCCAUGUAGAUCUAGGUUACUCAAAACUAGUUGGAGUUUUCCACACCGAAUAUGGAGCACUCAACAGAGUUCACGUUCUUUGGUGGCACGAGAGUGCAGACAGUCGUGCAGCCGGGAGACAUCAGUCUCACGAGGAUCCCAGGGUCGUGGCAGCUGUUCGGGAAAGUGUCAAUUACCUAGUGUCUCAGCAAAAUAUGUUUCUGAUUCCUACAUCAUAUUCGCCAUUGAAAUAAUUUUCCACUGAAACACAAAGCAUUUCAUGAACAAGCAAAGUGUGUCUGCUAAUGGUGCUUAAAUUUUCCCAAGAAAGUCUUAGUUUUAUUUGGAGAAAGUAGUAAGUUAAUUUGCUACAUCUCUGCAUUUUUAAUGCUACCUCUGCCUUCUGUCACUACCACCUCAGGAUAGUUCUCUUCAUUUUCCUUACAGCAUUUUGGUGUCUAUUAUAUAUUAGAAAUAUAUAUAUUUAUAUAUACUUACAGGGAUAUAUAAGUAUAUUGCCACUACUUCAUGAUCUUGAUUUUUCAUUUUUUUCAGAAUAUCUUGUUCUCUAUUUUAACAACCCUUUGCUUGAAAGUAUUUUCUUAUAUUCGUAUGAUGAUUUACAUUUCUGUGCCAGACAAUAUUUUUAAAUUAUUUAUAUAUGAUGUCUAUCUUUUGAUCAUGUCUGUUUUAGGUGAGAUUUAAAAAAAAAAAAUUUGCCCAGUAAAAUUUACUUCACAACAUUAAAUGGGAUUCAUCAGAAUAUUAGAUCAAAUGUAUUUCUUUGCCUUGAGAAGGUACGGUAUCACUUGUAUCAUCUGAAUUAAUUAUAUUUUCACAUUAAUUAUUAGUCACUCAUUUGGAAAUAAAGUAACUAGGUCUGUGUUUUUUAAAAAAACUUCAGAAGACUUGUAUUUGCUGAAAUAUGUGCAUUUAUAGUUCUGUUAAUUUUUGUUCAUUUUGGAUAACUAUUUAAUGAAGAUCCUUGGGACAUUUAUUUGUUUUAAAGAGAUCUUUAUAUUUAUGGAAAUGCUUGCCCUAAUAAAAGCCUACAUAUGCAUACUGGGA